CUGCCCACAUUCCACUCGCCGUUAUCUUGCGCUCCUCGGGAGGAGCGCGCGCAUUGGAAAAUCAAAAUCAAGAGCUGGCGACACGGCACUGCUUGGAAAUCAGUCGCCUGCCUUUGCCCGAGCGGAGAGAAUCUCGAAUCGCUCGAAUCGACCUGUCGAGGAUUUUGGCUUCAGCUUCUGGGUGCUGCUGGUGCUGAGCAGCCAAAAUCGCAGAGCGCAGAAAUCGAAUGGGAAUUGGCUGCCAUAGCUGCCAUUGCGGGGGCAACGAGAACGAAGGAAUAUAAUAAAAUAUGGCCGAGGGCGAGAUGUGAAAAUUUGAAAAUGUGAAAAUGCCAGUCCAGGCCAUCCAGUGACCACGAAAAUUGCAGUUUCCCCCAAUUCGUAUUUAUACACACAAACACACACACACACUCGUCAACGAAAAAAAUCGUAAAGAAAUUCAGAAAACCAACCGAAAAAAAUCCAAGCACAAGCAAAACAAUUUCGGGGCGAAAAAGAAAAAUAUAUACAAAUAUACACAUUUCGAUUCCGAUUCUAGUGGCAAAAAUUCGUAUGUACUCGUCGCUGCUCCUCAAAAACAUACAUACAUACAAACGCGACCCCCUUUUCCCGCCCACCCAAUCGCCCAAAAAUCCUCAAAGAAAAUAUAAACGUGUGUGUGGUGUUCGAGUGAAAAUCUGAACGGAAGCGCCUGUUAAACAACAAGUAAAUAAUACAAAAUAUAAUAUACAUAAAUAGCCAGGCUAAAGGCAAUAGUCAACAAAGAAAGCCAAGCAGCUGAUUUGUGAUAAGUGCAACGACCAAAAAUCGCAGGCGCUACGAGUUACAAACAAGUGCAAUUAGCUGUCGAUGCCUACAUGUUGCAGCUGUUGCAGCAACAUCAGCACAAGUGGAGAAAAUCACGCAUACGCCCCAUCCGCCCAACGGGCCAAACAAUGCGCUCCACUUAGCCAGGUUGCGUGUCAAUGUGGUGGUACUCCAGCCCACCCCCCUCGCACACACGCACACACGCACGCACACAUCGGCACAUACAUAUGUACAUAUACAAUGGAGGUGUAAUGACUAGCACAAGAAAUAAAUAAAGGCCAGAACAACAACUACGGUGGCAGCUCCAGCUGCUCAUAAAUUUCGUAACGCUUGUGAAAUGUGCCCCUUGGUGCACGGGGCCAUUGAAUCGCUAGAUUUUCGCCCGUAAAUCCGGAGCGGAAUAUGUAAAUGCCACCCGCGCACCAUCAACUCUCUAAAAAAAACGCUAGACCCCUACGCUAGGAAAAACAGAAACCAAGCCAACGCUAAGGUUGAAAUCAGGACUCUACGAUAAGGAUAACAAAACUCAAAAAGGUUAUCGGAAAAAUCUUGAGGAAUUUCUGGAAUUUUUUCGGCUUGUAAAUCGCCCAAGGAGAAGCUAAGGAGAAGAAAAAAACAUAAAACAAAACGAAAACUAAAACUAAAAUCAAGAGCAGCAGCUGUGGAGAGAGCGAGAAAGAGAGCACAGAGCGCCGCAGAGAGAGUGGGAACUUUCGAUAAAAAAUUAUUAGCAAAAACAUAAAUACGUAACGGCCUACCUGCCACCCCCCACCCCCCUCAAAGGAGACCGAUAAAGAGAAGCCGAGGCAAAGAAAAGAGCACCACAGCGAGCGGGUGAGUGGGUAGGUCAGUGGCUGUGGGCGGUCCGCCAGCUGGGGCAGCACCACCUCACCACCCAACACCCAUCACCACCUCCAUCUCCACCUCCAUCUCCAUCUCCUUCAGCGCCGCCAGCGUCAACCUCAACUUUCAAAGGGCAGGUGGCGGCAUGUCCUGCACCGUUUCGGAGCUGCCCAGUGGCUGUCGAUUGCGCGGCAUGACUGCAUCCUCACAGCAAAGUGCCGCCAACAAUAGUGGCAACAAUGGGAACGGCAACGGGAACGGAGGCGGCGGGGGCGGGGGCGUCGGCGGAGGUGGCGGCAGCCUGGGCGGAGUAUCGCCCACCGUAGGCGGCAGCGUGGGAAUCCUCGGCUCCACGUCCAACGUGCUGCAGGAGUCGAAUGCGACCACGUUGCAGCGUCCGCAGUCGCAGAAGCCGUGCUGCUUCUGCUGGUGCUGCUGCUGCUCCUGCUCCUGGGCCAAAUGUCUGGCCAUCAAGAAUGCCGAUGAAAAUGCCCCCACGAAGCGAGAUCUGGUGAAUGCCGAAUUCUUGGAUGGCGAGCAACCCACACUGGAGGAAAUCCGCAGCUGGGGCAAAAGCUUCGACAAGCUGAUGAAGAGCACAGCUGGUCGAAAGGUGUUCCAGAACUUCCUGCGCAGCGAAUUCAGUGAGGAGAACAUCCUGUUCUGGCUGGCCUGCGAGGACCUCAAGAAGGAGAACAGCGCAGAGUUGGUGGAGGAGAAGGCGCGCCUCAUCUACGAGGACUACAUCUCGAUCCUGUCGCCCAGGGAGGUGUCGCUGGACUCCAGGGUCCGCGAGAUCGUCAACCGGAACAUGAUCGAGCCCACGACGCACACCUUCGACGAAGCUCAAAUCCAGAUCUACACACUGAUGCACAGAGACUCAUAUCCGAGAUUCCUAAACUCUCAAAAGUUCAAGACACUAGCUCAACUGCAAGACAACUCGAAUGCCGGUUCCAAGGCGGAUAGUCCCACUUAGAGAGGAUAGCUUGAUCGCCGAUCCCGGAUCGGAUUUGAAUCGAAUUCAGUUGCGCUGGUUUGACUUUGAUUUUCCGCCCCAAUCGCUGCUGCAAUCGACUAAGCAAUAUGUAUCCAUUAGUAGAACCAUUUAACCAUUUUGCGAGCAGCCCCGAAAUCAGGAUCCUGGUAGGGGCAGGUGAAUCAGACGUCGUGCGUUCAAUAUGAAUCGGAUUCCUUUUUCUUCCUACGUUCUAGUCGUUAGCUAACCAAAGAGUUAGGCACUACAAAAAUUGUUUUCACUAAGAAGCAGGUUCGACCACAGAAAGCAUUUUCCAAACACCCAAAAAAACCAAAACAAAACAACAAAAAAAUACCCAAAAAGCUAAUACGAAACGAGCGACACAAAUAGCAUCCAUUGUAAUACUAGUGAUCUAAGAGACGUAUUAAUCAAAUUGAAACCAAGAUUACGGAUCCCGCUACUGAUAAGUAUGUUUAAACGUAAUCAUAAACCGCAACGUAACAGAAAUACUUUUUCCAAAAAACAUUACAAAAAAAGAAAGAAAACCAAAAAAUCUUUUUAAACGUAUUACAUACAUAACUUUAAAAACUUAUACAUAUAUACACAGC